CAUGAAUCAAAAACAGCAACUAUAAUCAAUGUUUGCCAAUUCAUCUAAUUAACAAUAAUAACAAUAAUAAAUUUAAAAUCAACAACAGCAGUUAAAUUUCCAAAAUUUUAGUCAAAUACCCAUGUAAUAAUCAUCCCCAAAUUUCCCAAUUUUAUCAUAACCUACUCAUACUAAUAAUAAUAUUUUUGGAGGACCUCCUCAAUAAUAGCCAUAAUAAUAGUUUUAUGCUUAACCCAAUUUAUAGCCUAGUUUAUUUGGAACAAAUAAUACAGGAAAUUAUAAUUAACCAAUUAUUAAUUUUCAAGAUGAUGAAAUGAUAGAGCCUAAAAAAGAAGAUGCUAAAUAAAUUGCUAAUUAUGAUUUAAAUGAAAAACUUUCAUUCGAAGUAAAAACCUUAUACAAAAUGGGGAAAUUGAUAAACAGUAGAACAUAAUACUUACCUGGAAUUGUAAGUAUAAAAGCAUAAGAUUAAAUUAUUACUAAAAAUCCUGAAAAUUAAAGGGUUGGAGUAGAUUUGGUAUAUAAUAAUUCAAUUUAUGUUAGAUUUGUUUAAUUGAUAAAAGUGGAAGUAUGGAUGGAUAGAAGAUAGCAAUGGUUAAGCAAACUUUAAGCGUCUUACUUGAUUUUCUAAGUGAUUGUGAUCGAUAUUAACUUAUCACAUUUGAGUCUUCAGCCUAAAGACUAACACCAUUAAAACGAGUAACAGAUGGAAAUAAACAAUACUUUAAAUAAAUAAUAUCAUAAAUUUAUUCAGGCGGUGGAACAACUAUUGGUUCAGCUACUGAUUUAGCCUUUAAAUAAUUAAAAGAAAGAAAAUAUAGAAAUAACGUCACAUCUAUAUUCUUGCUUUCAGAUGGCCAAGAUGGUAAUGCAGUUUAAAGGAUAUAGGAGCAAAUAAAAACAGUUUAGGAAGUAUUUACUUUACAUACAUUUGGUUUUGGUUAAGAUCAUGNUAUAAAUAAUCAGAUUUAAUCAAAAAAUUAUGAUUAAAGGCAGAAAAUAAAAUUUAAAUUAUUUAAAUAUUUUAUUUCUUUAUAAUCAUGAAU